AUGGAGAAAAGUCCCAAGUACAAAGAUGAUUACAAGAAAUUCGUCGACGGUUUCUUUAAAGAUGGCGAUGCAGAGGAAACAGAUGCCACACCAAAAGAGGGCAGAUCCGACCCUGUGAACCACACAUUCAUCCUUAAAGGAGCCGAUGUAUAUCUGAGUGUCCAGGAGAAUUCUGUUGUCAAAGAAGAUUUUGAGUUUUUCAAAGAAAAUUACACUUUGCUGUUGAAGAAUGUAACAGAGGCUGACAGUGGAGUUUACCAGGCAGAGGUGACUGGUUCUGAAAACAGAAACAUUCCUGCAUAUAAUGUCACAGUCCAAGAGCGAGUGUCCCCUGCUGUCCUGAAAGUGACCUCCGUCUCCUCCACGCCUGACUCCUGUAACCUGACUGUGACCUGUGGCGAUGGCACCCUCGUCAUCAACAACACCUUCAGAUGUACCAAUCAAAUCUGCUAUGAGGAGGAAGCAGAGAGUUCAGAGGUCAUGACCCAGACUGGGUCCCUCCAUAUGUAUUGGUCAAAUGGGUCAAUCACCUGUAACCAUAGCAACCAGGUCAGCUGCAGCAAAGACACUGCGAAAAUCAAGCCACAUUGUGAAGGCCAAAACUACAGAAAUAGCCCAUAUGUCUUGGAAAUUGUGGUACCUGUCAUAGUUGUUGGCAUCGUAUUCGCCAUCAUCCUUGGUUACAUCUUGUAUCGCAAGCGAACAAGGGUAUGGGUACGAGAAACUCAUCCAUCGCAUCUUACUUCUCAGUCUGAAAGUCAGAAUACAAGAUCUACUUCAGAUCUGUUCACGACCUACAGCGUGGUACGCCGUCAUACUGGACCAGUGAGCUCUGCCGAGACCAGUGACAACAACAAUUCUAGAAGCAUAUACGCUGCGAUUCAGAAGCCUAAGCAGAUGCCGAAUACCACGCAGACCUAA